UUGGUAUCACCUAUGAUCAAUUCCUCUACGGACCCUCAAACCAUGUCAAUGCUGCCGCUUGAAUUAGGACCGCCCCUUGUCAAUUCAACAACAGAUCUUCAAAGGCCAAUGUCAUUGUUCGAGCCGGGGGAUGACUCUUACCA